UCCAACACAUGCGCAUCUCGUGGGAAUGUUUCCGAGGUAUAAAAGAACGUAACGUCGUGUUCCGCUGAACCAUUGCUUUGCAUGUACCCGCUCGCUCCAUAUACCCAACUCCGGACAACACACAGAAAGUGCGGCGCCGUGACGUCACCAUGCGGUUUUAUUUACUGAUGCUGUUUUGCGUGGUGCUGACCACAACAUGCGCCGAACCAGAUCCAAAGAAAUACAAAUCAGAAGUAAAAGAUAAAGAUAAAGCAUCAAACACAACCCUGACAGCAGAAGAGAAGAAAUUCUUAAGAGAUGUAGAAGCAAAGUAUGGUAUUAAGAAUAAUGAUGCUCCUAAAGAAGAAAAGAAAAAUGUUAAAAAUGCUAGUGAAGCUAAACCAAAAGCUCCUACACAUUUCCCAGCUGUUAUAGCCAUUGAGAUAGUAAACGAUACAGACACAAAAAGCAAAGGAAAGCGUACCAUUGACGCUAACCUUGGAUAUGGAUACAAAACCAAUAACGGUUACACAUACUCUUACUUCGGAAAACCAGCACAAGAAAAAGGAAAAUUCAUGAUAUAUCCUUAUUCGCAAGAAGACAUCCCUCCUAAUAACGUUCAUUCAACCUCUAUAAAUCAUUAUGAUCACUCAGGCAAAAUAAAAACAAGUGUUGAAAUUCAGCCAUCUCAAGCUUUUGAAUUAGUGCAAGUGAAGGAUGAGAAGCCAGCCUAUCAUUAUGAUAAACCAGCGAUUGAGUUCACAACUCCUGCACCACAACCAGUUUCUUAUUCAUCUGCGGAUCACAGCAGCAACUCUUACUCAUCGCACCCUUCAACUCUGUACACGACUUACAACGGUGAACAAUUCUCUGGUCUAUCUGGACAGUUCCCUACAGUGAUGCCUGAUUACCUUGUCGAUCCUUCACAACUGAUCAAGAACCCAGAGUUCCAAAACGUUGGACUGACCCAAGAUCAUUUACACACUCCUGGCUCUCACUUGGAACAAAAAGUUGUCCCAGUCUUAGUAUUGAGGAUUCCAAGCUCAUCACUAACCAACCCAACAGCUGAGCUGUAUGCUAACCUACCGCAAAAUUAUCCUCUGUCUAAUUACUUGAAUCAUUUGAAUUUGCAAGAGCUGGUGAACCAGUAUUUCAAGAAAGCUGGAUAUAAGUUUGCUCCUCAGGUUAUGGCGUACCCUAGCCAUGGUCUUGAGAGCCAAGGAGCUGAGGGCUACAGUCAACAGGGAGGUGAAGCUCCCUCUUCACAAUACGAGCCUCAACAUUACGCACACCCGUAUGUCCAGCCAACAUACACACAAGCGCAUCUGUCUGAUGGAGUGCAGUACUCCGCAGUUCAACCUGUAAUGGCCAGAUACCCAUCUAGCUACGUGCGUCAACACUACAUGACGAUGCCAAAAGGUUAUUCUAUUUACAAACAACCUUCCCUUCCUCAAAAUUAUGAGUACCAGUACCAAUACGUGCCACAAUCAGCUGUUUCAUCGCAAUCCUACUACAUGCCUUCGUCGCAUUACCAGCAAGAAACGGAACACGGCUCGUCACAAGAUUAUCAAAGUUCUUCUUUAGACCAAGGAGCUGGGGUACAUGAUAGUAACGCUCAGGUACAAUACGCAUCAGUUAGCCCUGGGUAUGAAGCAGCUGUAACCCCCAGUGCUGAAUAUGGUACACCUGGAGUCCAGUACGGAACUCCACCGCAACACGCAGAAGCAGAGUAUGAGCACUCAGGUACAGUAGCUCCUGAAUACGGACCACCCCAAGAACAGUAUUCACAAUCAAUUUCACCAGGAUACGAAUCAUCAGUGACUCCCGCACCAGAAUAUGGUCCUGCAAAGGAAUCAGGUGUAUCUCAAGAUCAAGUUUCCCAAUACUACACCCAAACUCAACAUGACCAACAAGAUCACACUGUGUUCUCACCUCAAUCUGGACAAUCAAGCCACGCGUCUCAAGCUGAUGUAGGAGGCCAGCAAAAUUAUGGAUACCAGCAAGUCCAGCAAUCAGAGCAACAAGAUGACCAAGGUCUGGUCCUCACAGAGAACUACCCAAGCAAAGACCACACAAUCGCGACUGUUUUGCCUUCACAUUACAAGACUGGAAAACAGAACUCUGGCACGAUUCAGACAGUCAGUUAUGUCACUCCUCUUCCUCAUCCAAAAUACCAGAUGCCUUACAGAGUGAUGGUGCCGAAAACCUUCCUUUACAACCCAUCAACUGAGAAGGUCACAUAUGUGCAUUCACGUCCAAUGUCAUCAUCUUACAGCCAGUCGAGUCAUCACGAUUACAACCCUGAAACAGAAUAUACUGUAGGAUAUCGCCACGUUCCAUCAAUCGGCAAACAGAAGCCGUCAUCUUUCCCCAGGAAUUACCACUCACACCCCAAACGCAUGGUGAAGUCAGAACACCACAAGACUGAUUCAUCACCAUUCUCAAAGAACAAGAACGAACGAAAUGAAAAGAAAAGAUUAUCGUAAAUUAAUAAGAUCACAAUUACAAAGUUUUUAAACUGACAUGGUCACUAGUUACAUCAUUAGAACUUAAAACGGGAUAUGAUAUUCAUCCGUGAUCAUGGCGCUUACAACAGUGCCGAAAUAUCGGAAACACACAAAAACUAAUAAACAUGGUAAAUAUCCCGUUUUAAGUUCUAACGAUAAGAUCACAAUUAAUGUGAUUUGUUAAGAAUGAUAAGGUACUGUAAAUAUAGGAGCCUUAUAGUACUAAUAUACGUACAUCGAAGAUGGUUUGAAGUCCAGACUCACAUGCCAUGAAAGUAAGGAAAAUCAUUUUCAUUACUGUGUUCAUGCGUGCUGUACUCCACAAACUCAGGCAGCAAUGGAAACUUGAACAGAUGGACAAUUAACCUUUCAUUCAUCAGUUCUAGACAGAGAUAUAUAUAUCUAAUUAUGUCUGCGUGCAACAUUGGAUUUCUCCAGACAAUAAUACAACAAGCACGAUUUAACAUCAUACAUCUCACAUGUAAAUACACACAGGAAUGUACAAUAAGAGGCUGUAGUUAUACAAUAUAAUAAUAUUUUAAGUGUGAAUGCAAUAUUUUCAAAUUUAGAAAUUAUUUAUUAUAAAAAUUGUUGUGUAUUCUUCCUAUUUUGAUGUGCAAUAAUUUGGGAUAGGUAUACUUUAGUGUAAUAAAUUAAAUAGAUUAUAAAUAAAGUUUGAAAAAGUU